AUGGCCGACGCGCUAGAUCCAGCUGCGAAUAUCUAUCAGGGCACUUGGACAGACUGGUCGAAAAGCAAUUCUGCUUGGGGGUUGACGUGGACUCUGUGUCCGGACAACGCUGUAUUAGUCACGAGUGCUCUGGCUGUCUUCGUUACACUAGCUGGAAGUCAAUUGUGGAGCAUCACCAGAUUCGUGGUACACCAAGCUGGAACGAGGUCUCCAGCAGCUAGUCCUUCGACGCCGAAUCACAAGAAGGAACAAGUCAUCCUACGGAACGCCACAACCGAUCUGGCAACCGCAAGGCUGAUGGCAUACCUAGCUUGGAAAUCUCGAAAGAGGGCCGGGAAAAUGUACCCACGGACUGUAUCCAUCGCAAUCUUUGCGCUUCUUCAUGCCAUCGUUUUCAUGGUCGCAGGAACGUUCUCCAACCUUGCCAUCAGUGCAGGCUCACCAGUCGAAGGCUCCAUGGUGCUCUCCCGGAGCAAGCACUGCGGUAUUUGGAACGAAACUUAUCUGGCCUUAACUAAUGGUUAUACAAAUGCGGACAGCAACGAGACUCUGAGUCUGUCCGUUGAGUUCAACGCGAAAGUCACCCACAAUGUACAGCUCAGCCUGGAAUAUGCGCAGAAGUGCUACCUUGCUGAAGAGUCCUUUAGCUACAUGUCGUCAAUCUGCAACACUCUCAAGAAACCAAGACUGAACUGGACCACACAGUUGACUGGCACAUGUCCGUUCGAAUCAAGCCUAUGCCGCACAGAUGCCACCGUGAUGGUUAUGGACACGGGCAAGAUCAAUUCCCACGAUGAUCUCGGUAUUAACGCCAAACCGAGCGAACGCCUCGACUACCACAGAGUCACGACGUGUGCCGUUCUAAACGACACAGGCCGUGUCACUGGCUGGGACGGUACGAUUCUAUCAUCUAGCAGCGGCGCGGCGUCCAAUCAGUCCAGUAAUAUUGCAAAAGCAUUUUAUGGGCCAUCCUUCGAGAAGCGCACAGAUUGGACGUACGCCUACUCGAAUUUUGCUCAAUUCUUCGACAAUUUCUCGACGAUAGCGACAGUGCCAUAUCAGGUAGUCUCUAUGAACGCCUGGGCACCCAGUGACCCUGUCUGGAGUCUGAGCGAUUUCGAACCGAUCGACGAGAUGUCGCAAGGCGCCGCGGAUCUGAUUCUCUUUUUUCUCAGUUAUACAGGCACAUACGCGACUGAGAUCGACGAUCCGUGGUUCUCGGCUCACCGAAGACAAUCUUUCGAUGGCAGUCCCGCCCUUCUAGAGACGCGAUUCGCCCGGGAUUCAGCCAUUAGUACUAUAGGCUGCACAGAACAUCAUCAAUUCUGUACGACCAAGGGCAUAUGCACUCCUUCCGGUGGCUUUGACCAAGUGCAAAACGAUGCGAACUUCAAUAAUGCCUUGACCCCGCACCAGAAUGCAACAUUCGACAGGAUAUUGCGCGCAGCAACUCAGGGAUCACUGAGGGCCGUUGUGAACGGCUUGGCUGUGACCAGUACACCUCUUCUUGCCAUCAGUCAAAUCGCGGUCGGUAGUACUGUGGUGUCGAUGGGUUUACCUGAGACACAAUGGCAGCGGGAACUGAACUACUGGCAUUCGAUAUCCAUGGCACAGUUGCAGCGUACCAUCGUACAGUACGCCACCGGUCAGAUCGCUGCACAAAGUGAAUACCUUCUUCCAGCAAGCGAGGCACAAGACAAGUGGUUUUGCGAUAACCUGAUGAUCCCAUCAACGGUCUACCAGUCCUUUAGCAUACUUAAGAUGAUUCUCAUUCUCCUCUUUGGAGCCGCAGUCAUUACGAUCUCCCUAAACAUCGAGGCAAUAGAGCGCAGCGCCCGCAAAUGCCUCGUCAGUGAACUUGCCACGGCGGCUUGA